CGGAAGUGAUGCAGCGACCCUUCAAACGGCCGCUCGAGGCGCAGAGACAGAGAGAGAGAGUUGGUGAAAUGGCCGACGGUGUGGAUCACAUCGACAUCUACGCCGAUGUCGGCGAAGAGUUUAAUCAGGAGACAGAAUACAGUGGUCAUGAUCAGAUAGAUUUGUAUGAUGAUGUCAUAUCACCAUCUGCCAAUAAUGGAGAUGCACCAGAAGAUCGUGAUUACAUGGAUAGCAUGCCACAGUCUGUCUCUGAUGAUGGUGGCAAAACUCCUAAUUCUUUGGGCCCAAAUAUUGUAUAUACGUAUACUGGCAAGAGAAUAGCUUUGUAUAUUGGAAAUCUGACUUGGUGGACCACAGAUGAGGAUUUGACUGAAGCUCUCCAUUCAAUGGGCAUAACUGAUCUUUUAGAAAUCAAAUUCUUUGAGAACCGGGCUAAUGGACAGUCAAAGGGGUUUGCCCUCAUUUGUGUGGGAUCAGAAAGUUCAUCCAAAAAACUGAUGGAUAUGCUGCCCAAACGAGAUAUGCAUGGACAGAAUCCUAUCGUCACACCAUGCAAUAAACAGUCACUCAGUCAGUUUGAAAUGCAGUCUAGAAAAUCUACUCAGUCUGGCCAAAUGUCAGGGGAAGGGAAAGCUGGCCCGCCUGGAGCUAACAGUCGAUUAGCAUUUUCUCAGAGUGGAAGAGGACGUGGUCGUUUCCCACCAUCUGGCCCUGGUGGGGACAGAUUCCCAGGGCCUUCUGGACCAGGAGGGCCUCCACCUUUUCCUGGGCAAGGUCCACCACGACCACCUCCAGGUCCUCCUGGUCCACCAGGCCCCCCGGGUCCGCCUCCACCUGGACAAGGUCUACCUCCUCCAUUAGGUGGGCCACCAAACCGUGGUGAUCGUCCUCCGCCCCCAGUUCUGUUUCCAGGACAACCGUUUGGGCAACCUCCCAUGGGACCACUCCCUCCUGGUCCUCCCCCUCCUGUUCCAGGCUACGGUCCUCCCCCUGGCCCCCCUCCUCCCCAACAAGGGCCACCCCCACCACCUGGUCCCUUUCCACCACGUCCUCCAGGCCCAAUUGGCCCACCAAUUAAUCUUGCUCCACCUCCCCAUCUCCCUGGACCACCACCUGGUGCACCACCUCCAGCCCCUCAUGUGAAUCCUGCUUUCUUCCCACCACCAGCAAGUAAUGUAAUUCCCUCAUCUGACAGCCGUGGACCUCCUCCAUCAGAUCCAUAUGGGCGUCCUCCACCAUAUGAUAGAGGAGACUAUGGACCUGCUGGCAGAGACAUGGAUUCUUCAAGGACUCCACUGAGUGAAGCAGAAUUUGAGGAAAUCAUGAAUCGAAACAGAGCCAUUUCUAGUAGUGCAAUAUCAAGGGCUGUGUCAGACGCUAGUGCUGGUGAUUACGGGAGUGCUAUUGAAACCCUGGUUACUGCUAUUUCUUUGAUAAAGCAAUCUAAAGUAUCUGCAGACGACCGUUGCAAAGUUCUCAUAAGUUCUCUACAGGAUUGUCUCCAUGGAAUAGAAUCAAAGUCAUAUGGUUCUGGGUCACGAAAACGUGAACGUUCACGUGAGAGGGACCACAGUAGAUCAAGAGAGAAAAGCAGACGCCACAAAGAGCGCUCACGAAGCCGUGACCGACAUGAUGACUAUUACCGUGAAAGAAGUAGAGAGCGGGAAAGGCAUCGUGAUCGUGAACGCGAUAGAGACAGAGAGAGAGACCGAGAACGAGAGUAUCGUCAUCGUUAAAUAGCUGUCUGAAGAGAAACGUCUCCAGAUAAAAGAAACAACAAAUGCUCUUCACAGAAAGGACUGCCCUUUAUCCAUCUGUUGGAAUUUCAUGGUUGAACAGGAAUUCUCAGGCUACGUGGUUAAACGGAGCAACAGUAACGAAUAAAGCAAAUCCACUGUAAUGGUAACUGAUUGCUCUACAUUUUUUUUAUGUUGCUUGAUUAACCAUUUUAUUUGGACACAACCUGUGACUUAAAAGUUACUAAAAGCUUUGGCAACUCUUCGUAUUCUAAGCGUUAGAAGUAUCUGACAUGUAAACAAUUAAAAGUUGUUAGCUUCUCUGUUUUUAUAGUUCUUUCCAUCUUGUUACCAAAAUUGUUACAAAAAUGUUAAUGUUCAAAUAAUGACUGUAAGCAGCUCAGUUUCAGUUUAUCAAAAUAGAUGUACCAUUAGUGUUGUAAUAAACUGUUAAAUGGAGCCUACGGUUGUGUAGAUUAUGCAAGUUUUCAAAUUCAGUUUCUUGAUGUUGAAUCCUUUUGAAGGCUGUAUGUUUGUUUUAAUUUGAUAAAUUCCAAUGUGUAAUUUGCCUCAGUUGGUUUGGAGCUUGUGUUAGUCAACCUUCCAUUGUAGUUUUAAUGCAGAAGCGUCUUAAUGAUAAAGAAAUCCAGAUGUGGCUGAUUGGGGACUUUUUUUAAACACGUUCACUUCACGUCUUGGAAUUAAAAAUAAUUCAGCAAUAUAAUUUGUGAUUGCUUGUGUAGAAGAAAACAUUUUUCCUAUUCUGUAUGUCAAAGUGUAGUGUGUUGGACAUGAAAUCCUGAUUUUAGUGAGAGGAUUUUUUCUUCCUAAAUUCUGUGCUAAUUAUUUUUAUCUGCCUCUGCUACCUCAAUUGGGGAGAGGAAUGGUUUACAUAAAUGUACAGCAGUUGCAUUGUAUUUCAAUACAGACUAUUUGGGACUGCCAAAUACUUUUUUUAAACUAAAUGAGGACAGUACAAACAACCUGAAUAUCGAAAUAGAAGCCCAUGUUCUAAGAUUUUGUUGUAGUAAUUGAAACUGAAAGCUCUGUAUAUGUUUUCAUUUUGUCUUGAGUUUGAAUUUGAAAACCACCAAAACGUCUACACACUGCUUUUUACUUUGAACAGACUUAUAGCUUGUUUAGAAAAUGCAGUUAAUGUCAAGUAUUUUUCAAUGGCCUUAGUUUCUGAAAAUUAGCUAAAAAGGUCUCUAAAAGCAUAUAUGGUGAAAAAGGGCAGUUCGUGUAGAUUAACUUUUGAUGGUUUUAAUAUUCAUGUACAAAUCCAGUACAAAACCAGGAUAGCACAGUUUCGACUGUCUGUAUAUUAGCACUAUUUUUGCACUGAAAAGUUCUUAAAUGUUUAAAUGUGAAACUCAACUACUGGGCAAAUACAAAAUGUGAAACUUUUUAACAGAAACACUUUGGGGCUGGGUUGUGAUCAGUCUGAAGCACAUUUGUCAGUUGCAAAAUGGUACAUCUUAAGUCUCUUUUAGUGUUACAAUAAAAAUAAUGGUUCAGUGGGUGACUGGUUACUCUAGUUCUAGUGGUUAAUUCCCCUUUAGAGGCCUUAGUUUUAAGUUCUGAUGUUCCCAGGCUUGGGAGUCAGCUUCCUUUAGAUUGGUUUCCCUGGUGUCUUAGAGUUAGAUGGCGAUAGUGUAUUAGAGGUCACAUGUGGGAGCAUGCACUUUACAAGUCUGGAGAUAUGACUAAGCUUGUCAGGGGCUUCAAUUUACUUUCUGUCCCAUGGCUGACCGGGCAUAUCUCCUGUUCUUACUGCCUGCUGCUUAUGUGUUGGAAAGAAUUACAGGUUGAUAUUCAACCUUGUUUUUACAAACUUGCCAUAAUUCCCUUGGCCAUCAGUUCUUGGGGUGGAAGUUGAACCUGGAGCUUCAGACUGAGGCAGGCAGGUUACCCACUGUGCCAUAAGACUUCCCUAUAGCUAGAUGCGGGCCUCCUUUUAUGAUCAUUGAUCUGACUCUGGUUUAAAAUUAGGAGAUUUAAUCCUUUUACAUAAAGUGAGCUUCCUUUUGGCUAAAGUGGAGCAUGACUGAGCAUUUAUGUAGGAGUUUAUUGUUCAUACUCAUAAAUUUGUGGUAGAAAUGGAUAAUUUGAAUAUGAUCUUAUUUAAUAGAGUAAAUGUGUCAUUUUUUAAAGGGACUGGUCGUACAUCUUAUUCCCAAAUGUAGCUGACAUUUUUUUGGAAUAUUGCAAGUUAUUUUUGGUUCAUAGCUGCGUUAAUCAUAACUUGCUAACAAUAUUGAUAUGUUUGUUACUUUAACAGUUCAGCCAUUACCAAUGUUUGUUCCUUUUUGGAAGGAGGUGUCGACAGUACAGCACUGAUGUAAUUUUUAGUUCGUGUAACAGAUGGUUCACUGUUUCAUGUAAUUAUAAUUGCAAAAUUUUACGCAAGAUUCUUAAAAAGGACCUAGAGCAUUUUCAUUAGUAGCAGCUUUUGGUUUAGCAUUAUUUUUGUUUAUUGAAAACCUGUUGUUCUGAACCACUACUUGAAGAGUAUAUUGCCAUUUAACAUGAAACUACAACUCAUAGCUUUUUUUGUAAUUAAUGAACCAUUAUGGUUGGAUAUGUCAUCUUUAAAGUUAUGCAUUUUGCUAAAAUAGUUGUAUGAAAGUCAAUCUUUGCUGCACUUGCAACUAUGUUUACCAGGAAAC